ACCUAAAUUAAUCUAUCUGGAAAUUUUCUACCGCGCGAAAAUGGCUUCUUCAACUUCUUCUUCUUCCUCCCUCCUCUUCACGUCUCCGUUCAUCGCCCACAACCAUGGCUUCUUCAUCUCUCCUCCUUCUCAAAGUCGCUUAUCACUCCACAAAUUCAGGAGUUUCAGUCUUUCCAUACCUCCUUCGAGAAAGAUUUCCAACAUUCCGACGAACAGCGUCGUGAAUUCCAAUUCCGUAUCCACAAAGCCCGAAGAAUUUCAGCAGAAGGAGCCUAUGGUUCCUCCUUACAACGUUUUGAUCACUGGUUCCACUAAAGGAAUAGGAUAUGCAUUGGCCAGACAGUUUCUGAAAGAAGGUGACAAUGUUGUUAUCUGCUCAAGAUCAGCUGAGAGGGUUGAAUCUUCUGUUCAAAGCUUGAGAGAAGAAUUUGGGGAGCAGCGUGUGUGGGGUACUAAAUGUGAUGUGCGAGAAGGGGAGGAUGUAAAGAAUUUAGUCGCAUUUUUGCAGAAAAAUCUUAAAUAUGUUGACAUUUGGAUCAAUAAUGCAGGAUCAAAUGCUUAUAGCUUUAAGCCUUUGGUUGAGGCUUCAGAUGAAGAUCUUAUUGAAGUUGUCACUACAAAUGCUCUUGGUUUGAUGAUAUGUUGCCGAGAGGCAAUAAAGAUGAUGUUAAACCAACCUCGCGGGGGUCAUAUUUUCAACAUUGAUGGGGCUGGUUCUGAUGGACGACCCACCCCUAGGUUUGCUGCAUACGGGGCAACUAAAAGAAGUGUUGUCCAUUUAACGAAGUCGUUACAGGCAGAACUGCGGAUGCAGGACGUGAAAAAUGUUGUAGUGCACAAUCUUUCGCCUGGGAUGGUUACAACCGAUCUUCUUAUGUCUGGUGCCGAUACGAAGCAGGCAAAAUUUUUCAUCAAUGUUUUGGCGGAACCACCUGAAGUGGUGGCAGAAUAUCUCGUCCCAAACAUAAGAUCUAUCCCAACCAAUGGAUCAACAAGGCCCACAUACAUUCGUUUCCUCACUGGACUAAAAGCUUAUUCCCAGAUUUUCUCAAGACUUGCUUUUGGUGCAAGAAGAAACAGAUAUUUUCUAGAAGAUUGAUAAGAAAAAGAAUAUUUUUUCGUAAAGAUUGGCUGUAAAUCAACCUCGAUAGCAGCUUGUAGGUAUGGCCUACACAUUUGGGGGAAUAUAUUGAAAAUUGAAAUGGUAUUUAAAAUGGAGAAAAUUCUGAUUUUUUCUCUUUUUCUGAGAGAAAAUAUCAGAUUGAUGUUAUUUUAGUUUUCGAGUUAAGGCAAGGUAAUUUAUUUUCAGGCUAUUUGGUAAAUACACUAAGGUUUUUCUUAAAAAUAGUUUUCAUUAAAAAUAGAGAGAGAAAACAAUACAAAACAAAAUAUUGGAGCUUGUUAUAUACAGAUUUCUCUAAUGUAAAUCUUCUCCAAUCUAUCUUUUUGUGAUUUCCAAUUGAAGUUGGAAACAUCUCCAAUCUCAUAAAUGAAAUUCAAAUUCAAAUUUUA